CCAUGGGAGGCCGAGGGCUCGGCGGCUCCGGCGGCUCCCCGGAGCGGGGGUCGGGGGCCCACAAAGGUCUAUUCUCAAAUAUCUGGUUAUGGCGAGGUGUUGCUGGAGUCCUUACUGCUGCCGUCAUUUUGAUUUUGUGUAUUCAGUUUGUAAACCGUUCCUCGGCCAAAGAUUUUCCUGUCUGUCCCUCCCUGGAACUCUGUCCAUCAGGUUGGCUGUAUUUCCAGAGGAAAUGCUACUACCUCUCAGAGAGCGAAGCCAACUGGAACUCCAGUCAGAGCCUCUGCUCUUUGUACAACGCUUCCCUCCUGGUGAUAGAAAAUGAUCAGGAACUGAGUUUUAUGGUGAAGAUAACAAAGCAAGACCCGUGGAUUGGACUCUAUAAAAGAAAUGAAGAGUUCUUUUGGGUAAAUGGGAAAGCAUUAGACAAUAAACUAAUAUGCCUACAAAAAAGGCUGCUGGAGGGAAAGGUGAAGCUGCAAAUUUAUGUUGCAAGAGCUGUUCUGUGCUCGUGGCCCUGUGUUCUAUCCCACCGGUGUCAAGUGUGGGACAGUUUGUUCCUCCCACCAACAGCUGUCCCAUCUUCUCAGAGACUGCUUCUUCUUGUCCUGGGGCAGCUGCCAGCAGGAACUGGUAGAAUUACCAGUGACAAUAAUAAGCAUUGAGAUUUCACAAGGCUGAAAUUAAUGUAAGAAGUGGAAAAUUUAAAUACUCUUAAGUUUGUGACAUUAACUAGUGGUGCGUGACUCUAUUCAGUUCAUCCCAAAGACUUGAGGGCUUGAUCUGAUAAAGACCUUGCGUAUUUAAUGAGAUGUGAGCAGCACGUAGGGAUCUCAAGUUGAAAACUGCAGUCCUUCCUGCUCUUGCUUAUCCCCUGACUGCGGUACAGACAUCCACUGAUGCUUUUAUUUUCAGUGAUGAAGUUCUUCAUAUUCUUAGACUUCUGCCUCUGUGCUUCCUCAAACUGCCCCUCCUGUCCUUAGAAGGGUGAACACCUUGAUGUCUAAGCUCAGUUGCUGUUAGAGUCCUGUGAACCCUGGUGGGGAUUUGUCCCUUGGCUUUUCCAGAGACCGUACUGGUUCAGUUGGCCUAUUCACAGAAUGCUGUAACACUUUAUUUGAAAACAGAGUUGGCAAAGGAGACCCUUACCUCUUACAUAGGGACACCUAUGGUGUGGAAACUGAGGAUCGCUUCCUGUUUCCCACCACCCCCUUAACCAUAGUGCCGUGUUCGGUGCUGAGGAAGAGGGAAAUGAGAGAGGCAUUUGUUUCACAGCUUCUGUUGGAACAUUUUAGCUGUAUAGAAGGAUGUGGAAGUCAAACGCAGAGCUAGUCUUGAUCGCGUGGCAUCCUUGAGAAGGGCAAACCUGAAUUCCAGUCUCCGCUCUAAAGGGCGUAUUUCACAUGAAGGAGCACUAGACAAGAUGCUGGCGUACUGCGAGUCCUAGAUUUUGUGUUCUGGGGGCCAGGUCCCAUUAAAAAAAGACAACCUUUGUGAUGUUCUCUUCAAAGCGCAAGCUAUCAUCUUCCUACAAUGCCUUGCCUGUGGUAAAUCAGACUUUGUACAAAGAGAACCUGUGAUCCCUGUAUUUCCCUUUGCUCUAUUGCAUUAUUUGAUUGUGGGUGUCGAAGUAAUCAUGUCUUUCAUUCUCCCUUACAGGAUUGAAGUAAAAGGCUCUGGAAACUGUGCCUAUCUUGAGUCAAAAGGAGUCUCGGCCUCUGGAUGUUAUUUAACCAGGAAGUGGGUCUGUA